AUGUUGCGGCGCUGCUCGAAACACUUACAGACGUUAUACCGGAGGCAGGGGCAGAGCCUCCGGUACAGGUCAACUGAGGUGCCCAAGCUUCUGGGCGCUCUGCCCCAAACGAGGCUGGCCCACGCCAGGGUCGCGGUGGCGCACAACCAAGCAGCCUCGAUCCACUUCACGAGGGUCCUGUACGAGGAGCAGGAUGUCAUGACGCCCGGAUUUCCCGACUCCGUGUCGGAGGGUGACGUGAAGCUGGACAAGAAGGUAGGCGACGCCGUUGCGGCCGACGAGGUGGUGCUGGAGAUCGAGACGGAUAAGACCGCCAUUCCGGUGAUGGCGCCGGCGCAUGGGGUCAUAAAGGAGCUCUACGUCGGUGACGGCGACACAGUGAAGGCGGGACAGAAGCUGUUCAGACUCGAGAUAACUGGUGCGGCGCCGAAGAAGGCGGCCGCGCCCGCUCCCGAACCCCCCAAGGCCGAGGCGCCGCCCCCGCCGCCGCAAGCGGCCGCUGCCCCUCCCCCGCCGCCACCGCCGCCCCCUCCCUCCGCCCCCACCCCACCGCCGCAACAGCCCAGAGCGGCCCCCCCACCCCCCGCCGCCCCAAUCUCCUCGAUCCCCGUGGCCGCGAUCCGGCAUGCGCAAGCCAUCGAAACGGCCACCGUGAAGGUGCCGCCGGCCGACUACAGCAAGGAGAUCUCCGGCACCCGCACCGAGCAGCGGGUCAAGAUGAACAGGAUGCGCCAGAGGAUCGCUCAGCGUCUGAAGGAGGCGCAGGACACCAACGCGAUGCUGACCACGUUCAACGAGAUCGACAUGUCGCACAUAAUGGCGUUCCGCAAGAAGCACCUGGACGCGUUCACCAAGAGGCACGGCGUGAAGCUCGGGCUGAUGUCGCCGUUCGUGAGGGCGGCCGCCAACGCGCUGAUGGACCAGCCGGUGGUGAACGCUGUGAUCGAGGGCAACGAGAUCAUCUACCGGGACUACGUGGACAUCUCGGUGGCGGUCGCGACCCCCAAGGGGCUGGUGGUGCCGGUGAUCAGGAACGUGCAGACGAUGACGUACGCGGACAUCGAGCUGACGAUCGCGGGAUUAGCGGAGAAGGCGAGGUCGGGCAAGCUGACCAUCGAGGAGAUGGACGGCGGCACCUUCACCAUCAGCAACGGCGGCGUGUUCGGCUCCCUGAUGGGCACGCCGAUCAUAAACCCUCCCCAGUCGGCCAUCUUGGGCAUGCACGGAAUAUUCGAGCGGCCCAUCGCCCUCAACGGCCAGGUGGUCAUACGGCCGAUGAUGUACAUCGCCCUGACGUACGACCACAGACUGAUCGACGGCCGCGAGGCGGUGCUCUUCCUCAGGAAGAUCAAGGAAGGCGUGGAGGACCCGGCGACGAUCAUCGCCGGAUUG